CAACCGGUGGUUCAGCUAGAUGGAGUAAGUUAUAUAAGGCUGGUAAGAGGAUGCACUGAGCAGUUGACUUGUGCGUGUGUUGGAAGGUUGCAGCAACCUGGCCACAAGAUGCGCGCUCUGGUGUAUGUAGCGGCGGUGGUUACGCUGGUCGCUGGCUACGGUCCUCCCAAAACCGACUCUGACUCCAGCAGUCCUAGCAGCGGGUGUGGUAGCGGCGGCUGCGGAGGGCAGUUACCUUCAGCGCAAACAUCUGCUUGCAGCGGUCUAGGCUGCGGCAGUGAGUUGAGCGGUCCUGGAAGCAGCGGUGUCAGUGGUGGCAGCGGCGUCAGUGGUGGCAGCGGCGUCAGUGGUGGCAGCGGCGUCAGUGGUGGCAGCGGCGUCAGUGGUGGCAGCGGCGUCAGCGGUGGGUGCUCUGGUGUCCAGUGUGCACGACCCCCUGCUACUGACUCUGGACCAUACUGGUGGCAGGGGAGUGAGAACCCCUUCAGGCUUCCUCCAGGACUCCCUCAAACACAGGGUCAAGCCUCCAUCUCACAACUAAAACCAUUCCAGCUGCCUGUGCAUUCAGUGUCACCACAGAGCGGGCAGCCUGCCGGGUCUCUAACACCCUCCAUCCUACAAAACCUGGUGAACCCACCAUUCAGGGGUAGUUGUAGCGAGGGACAUGUCUGUGUCCACUGGCAACUGUGUUCCAAUGGUUACGUUAUCAACGAUGGCACAGAUGGUACUAACAAGUUGAUCGCUGAGAUCCCACCCCAUGUGGCGUCUGCACACAUCGGCUGUAAUGAAGGUAAGAUCUGCUGCCGUGUUCCCUCCGGAGCCUUUCCAGGCACCAUCGUCGGCUCUCCGGUGCCUGCCCAUGGAUCAUCAGGGUCCACUGUCGGAUCGUCGGGUUCCAUCUUGGUAACAUCGGGAUCUAGCUUGGGAUCCGCUGUGCCUUCAGUGGGCUCCCCAGGCGGGGUUAUUCACCCCAUCCUGCCACAUUCCUCAUUUCCUUCCUCUCCAGCGAGUGCCUCUACCAGCAUCCAUCAGUCCACUGUAGACAUUAGAACACAGUCAAAACAAAAACAGAAACUGCCCUCAGACAAUCCGCUAGAGUCGUUCUCAGUCUUUAAACCAGCCCCACAGCAAUCACAAUCACAGCAAAAACCGAAACUACCCUCAGACAAUCCGCUAGAGUCGUUCUCAGCCUUUAAACCAGCCCCACAUCAAAAACCCCAGCCGUCCACACAACAUGGCACUCAGUCAUUCUCACAGCAAGGAACCAAACCAUCCUCACAUUUAGAAACUAAAUCAUCCUCGCAUCAAGAAACUCAAUCAUUCUCACAGCAAGGAACUAAACCAUUCUCACAUUUAGAAACUAAAUCCUCCUCACAUCCAGGAAGUGAAGCCUCUUCACAGCCCAGUCACUCGGUUCCUCCCCCUCCGUCUGGGCUCUAUGAGUUACCCUCCGAAGAUUCUUCCUUCGCCGGGUCUUCACCCGGAGCCUCCCACACACCUUUGCCUGGAGGCCAACCCUCAGUGGUCGUCCCACAUCCCACCAAAAUUAACCUUGGGGGCAGUCCUGCAGUACCAUCCCAAGAUGUUCCAUUCUCCCAGCCCUCGCCUGGGGCACCACAUACCCCUCUCACUGGGGGUCAACCAGUGGGACUCGCACCUGUUGUACCUUCCCAGGGUAUUUCAUUUCCCCAGGCCUCGCCUGGGGCACUACAUACCACUUUCACUGGGGGUCAACCAGUGGGACUCGCACCUGUUGUACCUUCCCAGGGUAUUCCCUUUUCCGAGUCCUCGCCUGGGGCACCACAUACCCCUUUCACUGGGGGUCAACCCUCUGGGCACAGUCCACAGCCUGGUGGCAUCAACAAAGGCAGUCCUGUUGUACCUUCCCAGGGUAUUCCCUUUUCCCAGACCUCUCCUGGGGCGCCACAUACCCCUUUCACUGGGGGUCAACCCUCUGGGCACAGUCCACACUCUGGUGGCAUCACCCAGGGCAGUCCUCUUGCACCCUCCCAGACAAUUUUCCAGGCAGCUGGGUCUUCCUCGCAGCCCAGUGGAUUAAGCCCACAACCACAAGGCUCUCUCAGCACUCCCGUCGGAGCAGGUUCAGCUCAGCCUAUGAUGCCUGGGAUGAUGGGCAUGAUGAUGAUGAUGCGGUCAGGAUCAUGCAGCGCAGGGACGUACUGCGUGCAGCAGUCGCAGUGUAACCCUUACACCGGGUUCAUCUUGACACCCAACAGCCCGGUGAUGGCAGUGUGGCCAGACUCGCCAACUGUGCCUCUGCUGUCGUGUCUGGUGCCUGACGGGUCCAUCACUGAUGGUUACUGCUGCCAGCUGCCUCACCCCAACGCUGGGGGAGCAGACUAACACUCCAACGCUGGGGGAGCAGACUAACACUCCAACGCUGGGGGAGCAGACUAACACUCAACGCUGGGGGAGCAGACUAACACCCCAAGACGUGGAAGACGAACAGGAUGAGUAGAAAGACGAAGAUGACAUCCUUAACGGCUUCUAACCUAGGAAGCCACCAACCCACAACCACCACCACCAGUCACCACAACAGCCACCACCAUACCUACCUUCACACCCACCACCACCACGCCCACCAAGUCUACGCCCACGCUGUCAACAUGAUACACAAUAAGGAACUUCUGUACAUCCACCCACAUGAUAGUCUCCAGGAAUGUCGUCGACGGUGUUUUGAUACACACCAAUAUUUAUAUGUUACAAAUGCUUUAUUCCACAGCUUUCCAAACAUUGUCAAUACUGCUGUGAUGUACUUAUUUAUGUAAUAUAAUAAAGCCUAAGUUAAUUA